ACAAUUGUCGCGCUGUUCGAAAAAUUAUAAAAAAUAAUGGAUAUUAUUAAACGAACUAUGUCAUCACCCUUGGGACACCAAAAUGAAGACAGAGCAAAAAAAAUUAAACUUCAAGAGUCUCCGGAAUCGAAACAAGAAGGAGAAAUGAAGACAUAUUCAGAUAAUUAUGACUUUCUGUUUGAUGAUGAGAAUGAUUUCGAUUUUGUUGGUUUGGAUACGUCAAAAGAGCAAAUAAACUUCACGAAGUUGGACUUAACUAAAUGGCAAAGAUGCGUUGUAGAAGAAAUUCAAAGGGAUCGAAAAACUUGCGCUUUAAUAGUUAGGGUAAAGUCUACACAAUCGAGCUAUGUUUGCAGUGAAAACAAAGACAAUAUCAAUGUGAUGGAGGAUUUGCAGGCAACUUGUCAUUUAAGAGGACCUUGGAGUACUGCGGAAAUAGACGAGGGUGAUAUAGUAUCUCUUAAAGCAAAGUGGGAUAAUCAAUUGAAUAGCUUUUAUGUUGACAAAGAUGAAGGAAUUUGUGUUGUAAAUCCGGAUGUACUAAUACCAGCUACUACCGUCGUGGGCUCGCUAUUUUGCCGACGAAAAGCCGUUUUGCAAGACCGAUUUCGUGGUAUUGAUGCUAAUAGUAAAAUUAUGGUUGUAGGGUCGUUAGUUCAUGAGUUGUUACAAAUCGUCUUAAGCCUACCCGCAAUCAUUAAUCUUGGACAAAUUAACAAAAUAGCAGAAGAUUUGCUGAACUCUUCUGAUACAGCAUUUAUGCUUUAUAGCAGUCAAUUAAAGAAAGGAGAUGUUCUCCCUGAAAUCUUACAAUUCGUACCUACCAUUCAUAACUUCUUGCAGCAGUACAUUCGGCCGAGAGAGACGUCUUCGUCUCUACCUAUGCAGGCAGAAAACUUCCAAGGCCAUAUAUGUGAUAUUGAAGAUAUUGAACAGAAUUUAUGGGUGCCACAAUUGGGGCUUAAAGGGAAAAUUGAUGUUUCUGCGCGUGUACGUAAAGCACAUGCUCUUAGUGGAAAUCAAGGGAAAUCUUUGGUCUUGCCUUUGGAAUUGAAAACUGGCAGAGCUAGUUUCUCCAUGGAGCACAAAGGUCAGAUUAUACUUUAUCAGAUGAUGCUUACAGCUAUUGGAAAGCCUACGCAGUCUGGUUUGCUUUUAUAUUUAAGAGAAUGUGUAAUGCGUGAGAUUACAGGAUCUAGAAAUGAGCAAAGAGAUCUUAUCGCGCUGCGUAAUGAUUUAAGUCGAUAUCUGACUUUGUCUUCGCGUCAUUUAAAAAGGGAAAAACAAUCGGAAAUUUCUAUUGGCAAGUAUGAGCAACCAUUCGAACUGCCGGAGCCCAUUUCACAUCCCACCGCUUGCGCUAAAUGUCCGUAUAAUACACUAUGUUGCACAUUUGCGCAAACCGAUCCAGAUAUGAUGCUAAGCACUCACCAUGAGUUGAGAAAAGUGAUGAAAGACAGUACAGGCCAUUUAAAUGUUGGCGAUUAUGAUUAUUUUAUGAAAUGGUGUCAUUUAUUAAUAAUGGAAGAGCAAGAGUCUCGAAAAACCAAUGUUACGGCAGCUUUAUGGACGCAAACGCCCGAUGAAAGAGAAGAACUUGGGAGAGCUGUAUGCAAUUUGGUAUUAUCAUCAAGGGAAAUCAAAAGUGACGGGUCGCGUUUCAUACAUCAAUUCAACGUAAAGAAAGUGGAGCAAACUCUUUCGAACAGUAAUUGGGAUUUAAUGAUAAGCGGUUUUUCUGUUGGCGAAUAUGUUAUAGUAUCUACGACAAAAUGUUUGGCCGUCGCAUCUGGCUUAAUAGUGGAUUUAACACCUGAUCAUAUUGCUGUCAGCUUGGAGCGCAAUUUGCUACAAAAUUACGCUGACUGUAAAUUCAUAAUUGACAAGUACGAGUCUCAAGUUGGAAAUGCAUUUAAUUUAACUAAUUUGUCUUUGAUGUUGGAUAAUACGGAAAGAUCUCGCCAAUUACGCCAAUUUAUAAUAGAUCGUCAGAAGCCCGAUUUUGUUAAAACAUUGCCUAAGAUUGUCGCAACAAAGGGGGCGGAAAUCAUGAAACCUUUAAAUUCCGUGCAAAGAAAGGCUGUGUUGAAGGCUUUAACUGCCCAAAGUUUUAUGCUUAUUAAAGGCUUGCCAGGGACAGGUAAAACUCAAACCCUAGUCGCCAUAAUACGUCUGUUAGAUAUAAUGGGAAAAUCGGUAAUUGUUACAAGUCAUACCCAUAUGGCUGUUGAUAAUAUACUUCUACGCUUGAAAUCGUUUAACGUUCGAUUCUUACGUUUGGGCUCUGCGGCUCGUAUCAAUCCGUUACUGCAGGAAUUUAGUGAAACGCAUGUAUUAGCCAAUUGUCGUACUGAAACCGAUUUAUCUAAGGCAUAUAAUUCCUUUAAUAUAAUAGGUGUUUCCUGUUUGGGUACAUCUCAUUCAAUAUUUUUGCAUAGACGUUUCGAUUUUUGCAUAGUCGAUGAAGCUACGCAGGUUAUGCAGCCGACAGUAUUGAGACCGUUGUAUUUUUGCGACCGUUUCAUUUUGGUGGGAGAUCCGGAUCAAUUGCCGCCCUUGGUACGUUCUUUAGAAGCUCGUCAGAACGGUGCUGAAGAGUCCCUUUUUCAACGUCUCGACUGUGCAGAGGCCACGUCCGUUUUAACACUACAAUAUCGCAUGAAUAAAGUCAUAUCCCGAUUGGCAAAUACUUUAACUUAUAAAGGAAACUUGCAAUGCGCCACUGAUGAUAUAAAAAACGCAAACAUGAAAAUUUCCAUACCUAACGAGCUAGUGCCUGAGAGAUGGCUACAACGGGCAUUACAAACUCAUAUCGAUCAAUCUGUUGUCUUCUUAGACACAAACGAUUGUUCGCAACGUUCCUUAGAUUACGCUCAAAAUAAACUUGUACAAAUUUGCUCGGGUAUCGAACAAACUUUUCCUGAAAAUGAAAACUCAGAGACAGAAACAUUUGAAACGAAAUCACAGGCGACAAGCAAAAGAUUAUCGAAAUAUACCAAUUACUGUGAAGCGGCUGUGGUUACUUGCCUUAUAGAAAAACUUUUAACUGUUGGCUAUGAUUCCGAUCGUAUAGGCGUUAUAGCACCGUACAGAGCUCAAGUCGAACUUUUACGCAGAUUAAGUCAAGAACAUCAUGAGUAUCAUAAGAGGCAUAGUGGAAAAUGUUUAAAUAUCAAUGGAAUAGAAGUAAAUACGGUCGAUCAAUAUCAAGGCCGGGAUAAGGAUAUUGUAAUUUAUUCUUGCUCGCGCACUGGCUGUUGCGGACAACGUUCACGUGAUUCUGAGAUACUUGAAGACAAACGUCGCCUUACUGUAGCAAUAACUCGUGCUAAGCAUAAGCUCAUUAUAGUGGGUGACGCGGCUUGCGUCCAACAAUAUAGUCCCUUCAAAACUUUACUCGGCCAUAUUCCGAGUCUAUGCAAAAUCGCUUUGCAAAAUGGCAAAUACGAUUUUCAAUGGCAGCCAUUAUUAGAUAAUCUAUCCUUAGUAGUUAAGGCAUCAUAAACAUUUAAGUUUUUGCAUGUAUCGUAAUUUUAUCAUUUUUUUUAUUUUUUUUUUUAGCUAAUUAUAUAUGCAUCGGAUCUUAAAUAAAAAGCAUCUUUUUCUUUUAUAAAAUCAUUAAUUUUUUUCACUUGUUCUAAACUAUAAAUGUACAUACGGUUAUAGUCUUUCGGCGGAAGUACUUAUGUGAAUUAUUCAAUCAUAGAAUUUUUUGAAUCCGUGAUUGAGGAAGAUUUAUAUUGUUGCAACUAUCAACUAGAAUCAAGUUAUCAUUUGUGAAGAAUAA